AUGACAUCACCGCUUAGAAGAUCUACACGAACGUCUUUGAAUUCUCUAAAACUGGGUUACGACGAAAUUCCUUUGAAAUACGAACUUGAGGUCGGUUUGACGUUUAUAUUGAAUAAAGAAAUCUUACUCUUUAUCUCUCUAUCGUUCCUUAUCAUUCAGUAAUUUCAAACUAAUAAUGUAUUUCGAAAAGGAGUGAAGAUAAUUUACAGGCUCGUAAAAAGACGAUCAAAAGGCGACUGAUGAAGAAACAAGUCCAAAAGUGGUAUUAAUUCGAAAAGCGAAAAAUUCACUUUAUUUAUCUAAAAAAAAUUUUUUUAGAUGAAGAACGGCGUAGAGGAUUACAUAGACAAUGUACAAAGAGAAAGGGUGAGUAAUGUUCAAAUUUAAAUUCUGUGCGCAAAAUUUUUUGAAGCGUUUUCAGUUCAUUAAAACAAGCCAGAAAUGCUUUAAUACAUUGUGAUAUUGGCGCUUGUCGAAAUAUUUUUCGAGUCUGGAUAGUUUCGUUUAGGAAGUCUACCCAGGACUCCCUCAGGUCAGCGACACAACCGUCCUAAAUGCCUUUUUCGAUAGUCAACGCGGUUCUUUCAAUACUCAGGUACCCGAAUCAUCUUUCCCUAUCAACUUCUCCACACUGUAAACUUUCCAGCAGACUUUGGGCUUAGCCCCGGUCGGUCCCGAACUCACACCGGUUUCUGUGGCUCAUAUUGCUGCCGUUUCCGACAAGGAAAUGUCUGUCAAGGUGUCAUUAGCUCUGAUAUACUUCCUACGAGAGAAACUUCAGGAAGCUCUGGCGCAGCACUUAAGAAACUACAGAGUGCGGAUGAUAAAGAGUAAAAAGUCCAAGGAGAGUCCGACAAAUUCUACGGUUACAGCCACGGAAAACGGAGCUUCGCCUCCGUUGCUUCCAGUUUCAGUUCAAGUUUCCACUUUUUCCUAAAGUCCAACGUAUUUUUAAUUUUUCAAGGAGCUCAUAUCUAAUUAUACCAGCAGCGAUGAAUCAAUUCCCAUUAUUGAAGGAGACUCUGAAGUUCAGAACAUCAGUAUCGAGGUCAGUCAGCUCGAAUGUUUUCAAUCCGAAAAAUAAAAAAUAGAUAUUUUACACGACAAAAGGAAACUUGCAAGUUUAAUAGGUAAUUUGUUUGGAAAGUAGGCACCCACGUGGAUAGUUAUAUCUCCGAUUAAUUGAUUGUAUCCUUCAAAUAAAAUGAAAAUGGCUUAAAACUUCGAAGUUCGGUUUAGAUGAAGUUUUGCUUCUUGCGCUGUUUCUAAUCUUACUAAAUUUAAUUUUCCGUCCUUUGAAUGCGCUGUUUUUAAAAUGGGAACUUCCCUCUUAUCAGGUUUUUUAGAGUGUUGGGUUUAUCGAUUCAUAGUUCUUUUUCAAGCUAGGAUUUUCAAACUAGAUAUCAUUUUUUUCAUAUUUAAAUGAACUCCAACAAUACCGUUGUUUUCUAACCAGCCAACCUAGUAGUUUAAUUUACAAGAGAGUAGGUAACUUUUAACUACAUAAUUGUUAUUUAGCUUGUUUUAGGAAAUUUUGAGCAACAUCUCAGAGUACGCGAACAACAAUACUCGAGGAAGAUUUGUGCCUUCUUUACCUGAAUCAGGGUACGUCAAAAGUUUUUUCGGCUGUUCAUGAUAAAUGCUUUGCAGGAAAGAUGAGCCUGAAACUCAGCUCAUGACUAUCCACAGCUACCCUCUUCCUCCGUUUUGGAAGUCUGACCCGAAGAUAUCCCGUGGUUCACGCGAAAAAGGAAAUUAUUUCAUUAAAGGUGCCCCGUAUGUCCCUAUCACGUUAGUUUUCAUCACGGUUCGGAUAUUAUCUCAAUUCACACAACGGUAAACUAAAGGCUGAAAUUUCACUUACAUCCAUCGCACAAACUUGAGGUCGUGAAGGUCAAUUUUAUCUUGAUUUAAAGCUUUGAUUUAACAGACUUAUGUAAUUCGACAAAAGACAGUGUAAAAAGUUUUUUUUUCUCAGUUUUAUGAUAGUGUUGGAGGGCCCUUAGUUUAAUAUAACUAGAAAUUAAUUAUGUUCUAAGCUCUGAAAAAAGAGGCGGGCCUCACCCUCAAACUAAAAUCUCUGUAACUUUUCAAACUUUUUUCCCGUAUUGUUAGGUAAGAUGAAAAUUGUUAUUAUUAUUUUGCUAUCUGCGAUAGAAGAUAAGUUUUUCCAUGAAAUACUUUCAGACAAAUCCUGCACCAAGGUUCCUUCACGGUUCCACUGCACGAAGCCCUGACUUUCCAGUGCGAAGGCUGCCUUCUUCGGACGUGUCUUCUGGAGUUACUACUUUCUCACGGCAUCGCCAUCGACAGCUCUGCCCCCAGCCUGGAACUCGAAGGUUCAGCCAACUGUUGUUGAUCAAUCGUUUCGUGGAUCUUUCAGAAUUCUUCACUAACAGUGUAUUUCUGAUUCACCAGAGCAUUGUCGAGCAUCUCUCCGCGUUUCUCUCUGUAGAGCCGAAAAGUUGAAAAGUUCCUUCUUGAUUGUCAGUUUCCUCUUUUUUUUUUUUCAGGAAAUCCAGUCAUUGUUCUUUCAAUGGAAAUCCCUCCAUUUGCCGCCUACAAUCCCUAUUUUUACAAAAAGUUUGUUGAAGUUUUCUAAGCUCCUUGCGAUGAUAAUCCUGUUUAGCUCGAUCGGAAAAAGUUUUGGGAGCUGUCUAAUUUUUGACAGUACUCUAGUUAGUGAAUUUUGCGCUUUCAUCCAAGUUUUGCGAUUUUUAGGGACAAAGCCUCGUGUUCAACGACCCCACUCCAGUCUUGACAAGGUAGGUCCAAGAGUUCUCGGUGAGAAGAAAAAGCGAAAAAGUUCAGUCAGGAAGAAAAAAAGAGAUUCUCCGUUUCCUAUCCGUGCGACAUCAACGUUCCUGUGCCGAUAAUGAAAAGCGAUCUUCCCAACGGCGCUGUUUUCCUCUCGCUUGAUUCUUGAAGUGACCUGUGCUUUUCAGUUCCAGCAUCUGUUCUUGAAUCAGGACAUGAAUCUGAACCCCCAAACUUCGACUUAUGUUGCUCCUAUCCAAGGGCCAUGCGACAUCAACACUCCAGUCAAGCCAAACAGAAGGCGAUCUAAGGUUUUUUCCCUCGUUUUCGCAACUGAAAAUUUCAACUUCAACUUGUAAAAAACUUUUGUUUUUGAGCUCUAACUGAUCCUUUGACUCUUCGAGACGCAUUUCGUGCAACAGAAUCUGAUAAAUACGGAUGAAAAAUUAUUAGAAAACUUUCAAAAAGUUAUCCAACUUUAGCGCAUAUUUUCAAUAGUUUCAAUGAGUAAUAUGUAUUAAUUCCAUUCAUCUUCGCUCCAUGUUGUGAUGUUGACUUUUGAGGUGCGUCGAACCUCAUACGUCGGCCUGAAUGUUAUGAUGUGGGAUUUCUUCGACGGGUGCCGAAUGAGCGGAAUCGUGGUCAACGGCAAGCAACUCAAAGAAAAAGCCAUGCUCUACGCGAAGCAACUAGGUUAAAUAUCAAAAUUACAUUCCUUUAUAGAGGAUAAUUUCUAGUUAACUACCUAAUUAAAUCUUCUAGUCGUCCUCUGAAAAAACGCUGGUUUCAGGGAUCGAAACAUUCAAGGGAUCUGAAGGAUGGUUGGACGCGUUUAAAAGACGGCACAAAAUAGAUCUGAAAACGAUGUCCGGAGUUCCAGUGACCUACGAAGAGACGGAGGAGUGCGAAGAGGAGGAGCCGCGUCGCGACCCGCCGUUCCCAGUCUCCAACGAUGGUAGCGCUUCAUUUCAGACUUUCGGCGAAAUAGCUCAUUCCGCGCGCCAGCUUGUCGCGAUUUUCGUUUACCCUCUGAGCUACAGAACCCUUCCCUUCAAAGCGUGCGAUAUAUAUCUCGGCAUACGCCUUUAACAAAACGGAUUUUAUGUCAAAAAAAAAAAGGCAAAAGCAGAGAAAAACGCGCUUCGAACGGAAUCAUACUCUAGCCCGGAGGGGAAACGAAAAUCGUGACCAACUGGCUCAACCUUCAAGUUCUACAGAAGACCGUUCUGCUGAAGGGGACGAAAAAAGGGCCAUGAGAGCCUAAAUAUUUUUUUGAAAUGUGCGUAGUGAAUGAACGUUAGCAGAGAAAAAAGAAAAAACGUCAAAAAAAAAUGUGAAAAAACGAAUUCAAGACUAAAACGGUUGGUUACGUUCAUUUCAAGAGAGUUUUCGAGGAGUCAGGGUUCCAUGAUUUGUACACGUGAAUAUGAUAACGGUUUUUUUUAAUGUACACUAAGAAUAACUGCCGAGAUAAACGCGAGACACUGGCGGUACAUUGACGAGCUCGCAAACAUCUCGCAUUUUUUCUCGCGCCGGUUUCGCAUUUGUUUGGGCGCGAGCUCGCAUUUUUCUAGGCGCGAGCUCGCAUUUCUCUCGCAAUUUGAAAAUUUCCGAAAUGCAAGAUAAAUGCGAGAUGGCGCCGAGAAAAAUGCGAGGUCGCGCCGAGACAAAUGCGAGAUCGCGCCUAGAAAAAAGCGACAUUUUUGCGAGUUAGUCAAUGUACCGCCACCGAGCUCGCAUUUAUCUCGUCAGUUAUUCUUAGUGUAUAUCUGAACUUAUGUAAUUUUUUUUUCAUUAUUUUUAUGGUUUUAACCAUAAAAAUAAUGAAAAAAAACUUAACACGCUGUCUCUGUAAUUUUCAAAAGUUUUCAAAAAGAGUGGGUACAACAGAAAAAAUAUUUUUUUGAUUUCGAUGAAACUUCACCCACUGUGAUAGUCUGUCGUCAGAAAUGCCGACGCAAGUUUUCAGACCGAUUCCUCCUACCGUAGCUAGGUUACGGUAGGCAGGUACGUUUUUUCGUAUCUAAGAAUCUAGGCGUUCUUUCUAGGCGUAUUGUAUAUCAAUCGAUAGGGAUUGCAAUUUUAGGAAAUUUUUCAGUACAUACCAUCAUAUGUUACUGUAGAAAUUUUUUUGAGUUACGGUAAUUUUUUUGUGUCUGCGAUUUUUGGUUUUUUUCCGUCACUCUGUGUGUUCGGGGAGAGACCACGGCUGGUAACUUUCCUGAAACAUUCUUCUCAGCAAUACCUACGGAGAGAUACCACUUUGAAAUGGAUCUGUCCUACCGGUCAUUUCGAAAAAUCGCUUCGAAGAGGCUCAACUUGGCAUCUGUCGGGGAAAAUCGCCCGCGGUUAGAGAUUUCUACCUCUCUUUCCUCGUCAGAUCCGGUGCUAAAGUUUGUUUUAUUUGAUAGUGCAGGGUUGUACUUCAUAGAUGAUAAUGUUCCCUCCGACUUUCAGCCUACCCGUCUAGCUCAAAAUUCAAUUUGAAGCCGAUUUUGGCCUAAAAACAGCGAUUCUCAGAUUUCCAUGUUUUUUUCUCAGCUCAUUCUGUUUGAGUCAGGUCUUUGAAGUGUUUCUCACUUUCCUUCUAUGUUGUAUGAAAUAUUUCAUAUAGAAAAAAUUGCAUUUGAACCUACCCGUCUAGCUCUUAAUUCAACUUGAAGCCGAGUCUGGCCUAGAAACAGUGGUUUUCGAUAUUAUAUCCCUCUUCUGGAGAAAUUAUUGAUAGAUAAAAUCUGUCUCUUAAAAUUUGAAUUUUGCUUUAGAUUGAAAUAAUCCAAAUUGAACCUGUUUUUCGAGUGCUUUUCGACUUCGAAGAUUUUGACGAGAAAAUAAAUAUUUUCAUGAACUUUUCUGCUCUCGAAAAAUGUCAUUCACAAAAAUUGGAAUACGUUCUAGUAUCAAGGCGCUGAGAAACUCUUUUGUGAAUUCGUUCAUCAGGGAUUCAAGCAAGAAUAGGCCAAACAUUGUCUUCAAACUGAAUUUUGAGCUUGACGGGUAGGCUCAAACACAGUUUUUUCUUGAUCAAAAAAAUCAUGUAACAUGUAAAAAUAAUAAAAGACACUUCAAAGACCUGACUCAAACAGAAUGAGCUGAGAAAAAAACAUGGAAAUCUGAGAAUCACUGUUUUUAGGCCAAAAUCGGCUUCAAAUUGAAUUUUGAGCUAGACGGGUAGGCUCAAACACAGUUUUUCCUAGAUCAAACAAAUCAUGUAACAUGUAAAAGUAAUAAAAGACACUUCAAAGACCUGACUCAAACAGAAUGAGCUGAGAAAAAAACAUGGAAAUCUGAGAAUCGCUGUUUUUAGGCCAAAAUCGGCUUCAAAUUGAAUUUUGAGCUAGACGGGUAGGCUCAAACACAGUUUUUCCUAGAUCAAACAAAUCAUGUAACAUGUAAAAGUAAUAAAAGACACUUCAAAGACCUGACUCAAACAGAAUGAGCUGAGAAAAAAACAUGGAAAUCUGAGAAUCGCUGUUUUUAGGCCAAAAUCGGCUUCAAAUUGAAUUUUGAGCUAGACGGGUAGGCUCAAACACAGUUUUUCCUAGAUCAAACAAAUCAUGUAACAUGUAAAAGUAAUAAAAGACACUUUGGAGCCCAGCCUCAGUAGGACUGAGCUCAGAAAAAAAACGUUGAAAUCUGAGAAUCGUUGUUUUUAGGCCAAAAUCGGGUUCAAAUUGAAUUUUGAGCUAGACGGGUAGGCUGAAAGUCUGAGGGAACAUUAUCAUCUAUGAAGUACAACCCUGCACUAUCAAAAAAAAACAAACUUUAGCACCGGAUCUGACGAGGAAAGAGAGGUAGAAAUCUCUAACCGCGGGCGAUUUUCCCCGACAGAUGCCAAGUUGAGCCUCUUCGAAGCGAUUUUUCGAAAUGACCGGUAGGACAGAUCCAUUUCAAAGUGGUAUCUCUCCGUAGGUAUUGCUGAGAAGAAUGUUUCAGGAAAGUUACCAGCCGUGGUCUCUCCCCGAACACACAGAGUGACGGAAAAACCAAAAUCGCAGACACAAAAAUUACCGUAACUCAAAAAAUUUCUACAGUAACAUAUGAUGGUAUGUACUGAAAAAUUUCCUAAAAUUGCAAUCCCUAUCGAUUGAUAUACAAUACGCCUAGAAAGAACGCCUAGAUUCUUAGAUACGAAAAAACGUACCUGCCUACCGUAACCUAGCUACGGUAGGAGGAAUCGGUCUGAAAACUUGCGUCGGCAUUUCUGACGACAGAAUAUCACAGUGGGUGAAGUUUCAUCGAAAUCAAAAAAUAUUUUUUUUCUGUUGUACCCACUCUUUUUGAGAAUUACGGAGACAGCGUGUUAAAAGACUUAAAAGUCGUUACAUUUUUUAAAACGAUUAUCCCAAAACAAACCAAUAAUUUUCUCAUACGACGUAUCUGAUAUAGAUACAAAACUUUCAUAAAGCUUUUUUUCAAAUCAGCCUGAAAAUUCUGCGAAUAAUCUGAGCUAGGUUUUACAGUUUUUUUUUUACCAAAAAAUUGUUCUCGGCCUUCACUUUUUCCUUUUUUCUGAGCUUCUUUUUCUCCGCAUCAAUGUUUUUCGUAUUUCUGCAGAAAAAAACGUCUUAAUUUUCGUGUGAUUGCAGGCAUGACAGCAGCUCUUCUCAACUGUGUCGAACAGGCGACCACCGCCAACUUCGGCGUGGCUCAACAUCUUAACUUAAUGAAUUACUCUGUUACCGGUUUUUCCCCGUUUUCCUACAUUUUUGCAUUUACAACUUGCAGACGGCCAAAAAACCCUAGUCAACGACAUUCCAACACCUACGGAGGCGCACCUCACCCCGCAAGACACGCCGACUUUGCAGACAGCCAUCACCUCUGCCGUAAGCGGAUUCCUCUUUAGCCACUCGUUAACUUCCUUUUCUGACCUUUUUUUUGAAUUAAAAUGUUUACAGUUUGUCGACGAGAAAGGUCUGAUUGCUGAUGUUCUAAAAAGUGCUGUUGUUCGCAUUUCUGACAAAGAAGUUAGUUCCGAUAUCUUUAGCAUCUUUCAUUCUUUUUUAAAGGUUUCCUCAGCGUUGGAGACCAUCCGGGCAUUUAUUUUGAAAAAUGAUCCCUCGGCCAUCACAACACUUCUCCACUUGCAGGUCCGAUUAGCCAAUGUGAGUUUUUUAUUUAUUUUUUAAUUUUUUUUUUCAACAAAAUGUCCUUUUUCAGAUUCCAUCGAAAGAAAACGGUGUUCCAAACAUGUAA